AUGGCUCAAAAGGCACGCAAAGAUAGAGCCAAGUCCAAUGUGGCAACGCUCAACAACCUCCAUCUCGGCUCACUCAUCGUCAAUGGCCUCUUCCUGCUGCUCAACUUCAUCUUCAGGUCACGGUCCCUUCUGACCUGGUUCGUCCUCUCGCUUCCCAGCUUUAUCUGCCAGUUCAUCUUGGAAAAGUCGGGCCGUCCGACAUACGACCCCUCCACCAAGGCUCUCAAGUCAUCCGGAGAGGAUCUUGCGGCUGCUGGACUCACCGAGUACAUGUUCGACGUGGUCUGGGUGACUUGGGCCGCCGCCAUUCUCGUGGCUCUUUUCGGAAACUGGGCUUGGUUCCUAUGGACUAUCGUGCCCGCUUAUGGGCUCUACAAGGGCUAUGGCAUGUUUGGUGCUGCUAGGCAAAUGGCUCAACUAGGUGGAAGCGCGGAUGCCGGUGCACCUGCCGUGGGCAACCGCAAGCAACGGCGGGCGGCAGCUUAA